AGUCGUCGCCAUGUUGGCGUGAGCGGCGGCGCUGGGCGCGAGAGGGGGCACGCCGGGGCGGCGGCGGUGGUUCCUCCCCGGCGGGGCCGUAGUGGCGGCGGGUGCCCGCGCUGCUGCUGCCGCCGCAGCCGCAGCAGCCGCCUCCCCCCUGUGAAUGAUGCGGCGGGAGGCGCCGCUUGGCUGGGUCGGAGCUCGGGCGGCGGUAGAAGCGGCGGCGGCCCUGGGCAGGGUCCGGUCGGAGGCGGCGGUGGAGGAGGAGGAGGAGGAGGCGGCGGCGGCGACCGCCCGGUCCUCAGCCCGCCGCGGCGGCCGGGCGAGCGCAGGAUGCUGAGAGCCACCCCGCGCCCUGGUCGCGCCGCGGGGACAGGGCCCCCCCAGGGCUGAACGCGGACUUACCCCCCCUUCCCCCCCCCCCCCGGCCCCUUCCCCGGUCUGUACGCCCUUCCCCUCCCUCCCCCGCCUCCGCCAGCCCCUCGCGCUCCCGGCGCCGCCCGCCGAGACGUCGCCUUCCCGCCGGAGGAGCGGCGGCGGCGGCUCCGGGGCUGAGCGGCUCCUCCCCGUCCGGUUCCUCCCGCGGGAGCGCGGCGGAAAAUGGCGUGGGUGCUGAAGAUGGAUGAAGUGAUCGAGUCCGGACUGGUGCACGACUUCGACGCCAGCCUCUCCGGUAUCGGGCAGGAGCUGGGAGCCGGUGCCUACAGCAUGAGUGAUGUUUUGGCACUGCCUAUUUUCAAACAGGAAGAUUCCAGCCUUCCACAAGAAAAUGAGACCAAACAUCCACCCUUCCAGUAUGUUAUGUGUGCUGCAACAUCUCCAGCAGUAAAAUUAUAUGAUGAAACUCUUACAUACUUGAAUCAAGGUCAGUCCUAUGAGAUACGGAUGCUAGAUAAUCGGAAGGCUGGAGACAUACCGGAGAUCAAUGGAAAACUGGUGAAGAGUAUUAUAAGAGUUGUGUUCCAUGACAGAAGGUUGCAAUAUACAGAGCACCAGCAGCUAGAAGGUUGGAAGUGGAACCGCCCUGGGGACAGACUUCUUGACUUAGAUAUUCCAAUGUCUGUUGGAGUCAUUGAUAUCAAGACAAAUCCAAGCCAGCUCAAUGCAGUUGAAUUUUUGUGGGAUCCAACAAAAUGUACAUCUGCUUUUAUUCAGGUACAUUGUAUCAGCACUGAAUUUACCCCUCGUAAACAUGGAGGAGAGAAAGGAGUUCCUUUUAGGAUUCAGGUUGACACUUUUAAACAGACUGAAAAUGGAGAAUAUACAGAUCAUCUGCAUUCAGCCAGUUGUCAAAUCAAAGUUUUUAAGCCAAAAGGAGCAGACAGGAAACAGAAAACAGACAGAGAAAAGAUGGAAAAGCGAACUGCACAUGAAAAAGAAAAAUAUCAGCCUUCAUAUGACACCACAGUUCUUACAGAGAUGAGGCUUGAGCCUAUAAUUGAAGAUGCAGUUGAACAUGAGCAGAAAAAGUCCAGCAAGCGGACUUUGCCAGCAGACUACGGUGAUUCUCUGGCAAAGCGAGGCAGUUGCUCACCCUGGCCUGAUACUCCUACAACAUUUGUAAACAACAGUCCUACUCCUGCUCCAGCUUUUACCUCUGCUCAACAUAAUACCUACAGUGUCCCAGACAGCAAUUCUUCCUCCCCAAAUCAUCAAGGAGAUGGAACCUCUCAAGGGUCUGGAGAUCAGCUUCAUCCUUCAGCCACAAUCCAGGAAACUCAGCAAUGGUUGCUCAAGCAUAGAUUCUCUACCUAUACAAGGCUUUUUUCAAAUUUCUCAGGUGCUGAUUUAUUAAAGCUGACAAGAGAAGAUCUGGUACAAAUCUGUGGUCCAGCCGAUGGAAUUCGGCUAUAUAAUGCACUGAAAUCCAGGUCUGUUAGGCCCCGUUUAACAAUCUAUGUCUGUCAGGAGCCAUUAAGGAGCAUGCAACUGGAAAGACAAGAUGCAGGCAAUGGUGAUAGCAGCAACGGUGCAAUAUAUGUUUAUCAUGCAAUCUACUUAGAAGAAAUGGCAGCCUCAGAAGUCACACGCAAGCUUGCUCUGGCAUUUAAUAUUCCUUUGCAUCAGAUCAACCAGGUUUACAGACAGGGUCCCACAGGUAUCCACAUUCUUGUUAGUGAUCAGAUGGUUCAGAACUUUCAAGAUGAGAGUUGUUUCUUAUUCACCACAAUAAAAGCUGAAAAUGGUGAAGGCUUCCACAUAAUUUUGAAGUGAUGUCACAUGAUUGCUAGACUGAUACUCCAACGCAGAAUUUUAAGUCCUGCCUAAAAAUUAUGAAGAUCAUCCAAAACCUUAGGAUCUAACUUCACCGUAUAAGAUGUUUCAUAUUGAAAACACAAAAUGAUGUUUCUAAUGAGCUGUUUGAUAGGUGAACUUUCUUAUCACUGCCAUAGCUAAGUGUCCUCAUGAGAGGGAGGUAUAAUGCCAUGACAGCUUAUGUACAGGCAUGGAAGACAAUGUAAGCAAAGGUGCUUGCCCUUUACUGAAAAUAAGGCAAAUUAUGGCCAGUAGAUACAGUUUCUAGAAGCAAAGCGCUGUUGCUUUUCUAUUACCUGUAUCCAGUUGGAGAUGAAUGUAAACUUAUUUUGGGGCAUUUACCUUUCUGUGCCAGUUUGUCUAUUACUUGCUUGUACCUUAUGCUGGUUUUAUUUUCUGAUGUUAGCAGAGCACAUACUAAUCUGUGUGGAGAUGAGUAGUUAAGCUGAUAGUGAUCAGGUUGUCAGGUCUUUGAGAGUAAAGCUGUCAAAACAGCUUCCUGUGUAAAUUGUGUAUAAGAGUGUAUGUAAGAAGUGUAAAUGCCAGAACAGGGCUUUUAAGAAGCCCCAGACAGAUGCAAUAUAUGCAUGCAGCAAACUGCAUUAUCAAUAUAGUACCUUAUUGGAGGGAUUAAUUAAUAUAAAUCCUAUGGGGUACCAAGUAAUUGUGUUUUGCUUUAACAAACUUAAUGGAAAAGAAUUGCCUAUGCAUCCUUUAUGUUUAGUUUCCUAGGUUCUCUGCGGAACACUGCUGCAGUUUAACUCUUUGCUUGUAAAAUUGUGGGUUUAAAAAUGCUAGCAGUGAGAGGUGGACUUUUAUGAUGUAGUGGAAUUAUGCUGAUGAGAGAAGAUGACCCACUGGCACCACAGGGCUGUCAUAGCUUUCAGCAACAUCGAAUAAAUUGCUUAAGAAACACUAAAUGUGCACCAUUUAAGUCUCCUUCCCAGCAGGUAAAGGCCUUGCUGUAGUUGCUAUUAUGGACAAGUAUCUUAACUUUUCUGUUGACCUUUUUUUACCCACUGAUCCAUACUGUACAACUGUUACAGUGCCUCUUCCAUGUGACCAAAUAUUUACUUUUCUUUGAAACAGGCAAUGUGCUUUUUCAGUAUUUUGGAUAUUUCUUGUAAAGACAGGGCACAGCAUUUUGUAUGUUAACAUUGUUUCAACUGGUUAGGUACUUAGAGGGGAAUAUUUCAAAAGGCAUUAAGUGACAGCAUCAUAGCUGUCACUUUUGUGCCUUUGAAAAGUUCCACUUUGAUCUCUGGCUUAAAAGCUUGGGAAUAGUUUGCUUUUUAUGCUGCAGUGUUCAGCAUAAACACCCUACUACAGCAUGUAGAAAAGAAACUUUGCUUUUUUCAUUCCCUCUCUUUCAUAACUGGUUCAACUGCUUAGCAGAAAAGCUUCUUAAAGCUGUAGCAUUUUGAAAAUUUAAAUUCAUCAAAGCUAGAGGUUUUUUUCCUGUUCUUAUUUUUUCUGCACUGAAAGUAAAAUUUUAUAUACUUAAACAUUUCUGCCUAUAAGUUGUUCAUCUUUGGGUAUUGUUUGGUCCUAGUAUUUUCUUGAACUGACACUUGUCUUUUCAGCUCACACCAGAUUCAAAUCCAAAUAUUUUAUAAAAAUGGAAAAAUCCUUGAUUGGAAAGUAUCCAAAUAUCUAAUUUUAAAGAAUAUUGAAAGUUGUACAGUAGUUUGUCCAACUCACUUGAAAUUGGAAUUAAAUUAUGGCACCAGCAAAUUGCUUUUGUUUUUUAAUAAGAUGUACACAUUUCAAUAUAAGUAUAAUAAAUGUUUUUCAAUAAUUUUGUAAA